UACUAUAAAGUAUAAAAGUCAUCCAUUUUGGAGGAUCGAGGAAAUUAAGGAAGAAGCAUUGACUAGGUCAGUCGUGUACAUAUAAGUAGUAUUAUAUAAGAGAGGGAAGAGCUAUUAUAGCUGCAAAAGUAGAAUUCAUAAUUUGAAAAAAAAAAGUGUGUGUAAAGAUGAAACCUAUCGUCCUGCAGCUGUGGUAUGUUAUCCUGAUAGCAUGGGCAGCCGCGUCGGCAUCUGCGGGUACAGAAGAAGUAGCAGCGACAUCAAUGGCACUGCCGGGCUGCAAAGAUAAAUGCGGCAAUGUAAGUGUCCCAUACCCUUUUGGCAUUGAUGACUCUAAAUGUUCCAAGAAUGAAAGUUACUUGUUAAAUUGCACGGUUGAGGCCUCCUUGGACUCUUCUCCUAGAUUAAUGAUGGGUAACAUUCAACUUAUGAAUAUUUUUGUGGAGAAUGGCACAUCCAUAGUCAACAUAUUCAUGGCAUACAAUUGUUACAACAAGUCUACCAAUAAAAUGGAUUUUUAUGAUCAUGAAGUGAACUUGACUGGAGCACCAUUCAUGUUCUCAGCCACUGAAAUCAAAUUCACUGAAAUCGGUUGCAACACAUUGGCAUUCAUUGCGGACUCAGAGGGGACACGGUUUGGGAGCGGGUGUCUCUCCUUGUGCUCCCAGGACCUCCAAGAGGGUUCUUGUAAUGGGGUUGGGUGCUGCCGUACCGAAAUUCCCACGCGUCUCAAGACCUUAGAAAUGAGUAUUGCCCCAGUGAAUGAUACCUAUGACCAAAGCUUCCGUCCCUGCAGCUACGCCUUCUUGGCCCACCAAAACUGGUCAGGUUACUGGAGCAUAAAUCUCUCUGAUACCGCCCAUGUCACAAGAGAGGCACCAGUGGUUCUUGACUGGGUUGUAGGAGACGAAACAUGCCAAUCGUUAGACCAAUCCCCCUCCAAAUCCGCCUGCGGCCCUAACAGUGAUUGCCAUGACUCCGUUAACGGCCCUGGAUAUCGCUGCAUUUGCAAGUCAGGCUACCAUGGAAACCCUUAUCUUCCUGAGGGAUGCCAAGAUAUUAACGAAUGCGAAAAUCAGAAUGAAUAUCAUUGUGAAGGAAAAUGUGACAACAUUCCAGGGAAUUACACUUGUCAUUGCCCGCUCGGCAUGUAUGGCAAUGGCAAAGUGGCUUGCAAGGGCUUUCGUAUUACUACUAUCGUUGGCGUUUGUGCAGCAGGCGUGACUCUUGUGGUACUCUUUAUUUUUCUAUGGAUGGAGUUAAGGAGAAGAAACAAAAUGAAAUAUUUUCGAAAAAAUGGAGGUUUGUUGUUAAAGCAUCAAAGGGUUAGGAUCUUCAGAGAAGCAGAGCUGGAGAGGGCAACCAACAAUUAUGAUGCUCCUCGACUUCUUGGCCAAGGAGGCUCUGCUACAGUCUACAAAGGAGUUCUAGAAGACAAUUCAGUAGUGGCCAUCAAAAAGCCCAAGGAGACCGAGAGAACUCAAAAUAAGCACCUUCCGCUCGAGGUAAUAACCGAGCAAUUUCAACACGAAAUUAACAUUCUUUUUCAGGUAAACCACAUAAAUGUUGUGAAACUCUUGGGCUUGUGUUUGGAGACCAAAAUCCCACUGCUGGUUUAUGAGUUUGUCUCAAAUGGAUCACUCUAUGACCACAUCCAUGUCAAGCGCUCUACAACCUUAAGAUCAUGGGUAAAUUGUCUAAAGAUCGCUGCAGAAAGUGCGCUGGCACUGGACUACUUGCACUCAUUAGCCGACCCCCCGGUCAUUCACGGAGAUGUUUAGUCCAUGAACAUACUUCUGGAUGACAAAUUCACUGCAAAAGUUGCAGAUUUUGGAACUUCUGUACUAAUUUCAUUGGAUCAAAGUGUUGAAACCAAAAUAAAUGGCACGCCUGGGUAUAUGGAUCCAGAGUAUUUAAAUACUGGUAUUUUGACGGUCAAGAGCGAUGUUUAUAGCUUUGGGGUUGUCCUAAUGGAGCUUUUAACGGGACAGAAACCAGUCUCGAAUCAAAGGUCUGGGGAGAAGGCCAACUUCAUUCAGUACUUCAUUAACUCGGUAAAACAAAAAAAAUUAUCUCAGGUUCUGAGCUUUGGAGAAGAUGAUUCAGGGGAAAUGGAUCAGAUAUAAGCAGUUGCUGAGCCGGCUCGGAGAUGUCUCAAUAGAAGUGGCAUGAGACGGCCUACAAUGAAGGAAGUGGCUGAAAAGCUGCUGUCGCUUAAAAAACGUAAGAACUUUGGAGCUAAGGAGAGAGGGGAAGAGAUGGAGAGCUUGCUAGGAGGUGAAAUAUUGAAUUAUGCCAAUGAAGAAAAUGAUACGAUGUUUUACACGAGCACAGAAGUGCUUCACAUGACAGCAUUAGACAUUGAACGAAAAUGAUCUGCAGGCCAACAUUUGGAUUCACUUCUAUAGUUUCCUUGUGCCAUAUCUAUAUUGUACUUAGGUAGUGUUAAACUGUUUUGAUUGUGUCUUUUAUCAGUAUGAUCAUUGUUUGAUAUAGGUAUUGCCAUCUUUAUUUAAAUCUGCACUUCUAUAUAUUCAGUGAUAUGUAUGAAAACAUGGCGCACAAUGAUCGAGUGUUAUGAAGUAAGGAUGUGUAUUAUACAUACUUAUUUUGUUUUAAUGUACAAUUGUUCCGUCC